GAAAUACCAGCACAGAGGACUGGAGCUGCCGAGUGAGUCUAAAUGAACCAGUGUGGGACCUGCUGGGGGCUGUUGCUGGGAGUACUGCAACCACUGAACUACUGGGUCAUAUAGUUGUUACUGGUGCUUGUGGCUCCACUGGGAUUACUGGGUCUACUGGUUCUACUGGACGGACUACUGGGCUGAAUUGGAAGCAUUGGAUUGAUUGAUGGCUUUGCUCUGAUUGAAUGUAGCUGAUGUUUGCAGAUACUUCAGUUCACAGAGCACCACCUUAACCCCACCUUUCAGGCUUGUCUACGGUCUCCGUGUGGUCGAGGUUAAACGAUGGGGGCCACAGAGAUGCAUCCUCCUGCCCAACGCCGGAGUCUCUUCUACUCCGUCAAGUUCUUUGUGUUCUGUCACAGUCUUCUCCAGCUGGCUCAGCUCCUGGUGUCUGGUUACAUGAAGAGUUCCAUCUCUACUAUCGAGAGACGUUACGGUUUCUCCAGCCAGAAGUCGGGUCUCCUGGCUGCUUUUAACGAGGUGGGGAACACUGUUCUCAUUGUGUUUGUGAGUUUCUUGGGGAGUCGGGUCCACCGGCCGCGGUUCAUCGGAGGCGGAGCUCUGCUGGCCUGCCUCGCCUCGCUGCUGAUGGCGCUGCCCCACUUCCUGGGCGGAGCCUACGACUACACCGACCGCAUCAGCACCUCUGGAGAGAACAGCUCCGGUCUCUGCCAAUCGGAGAGCCCGGUUACCGCCUCCUCCUCCAAUCAGAGCUGCAGCCAGCAGGAGGGCCACGCCCAGCUGGGGGUGUACCCUCUGCUGCUCCUGGGUCAGCUGCUGCUGGGCAUCGCCGCCGUCCCCAUCCAGCCCUUCGGCAUCUCCUUCAUCGAUGACUACGCCAGCAGGAGGAACUCGCCGCUCUACCUCGGCAUCCUCCUGGCCGUGACCUCCAUCGGCCCGGCCCUGGGCUUCAUCACCGGCUCCCUCAUGCUGCGCUUCUACGUCGACUUUGACAAGUUGUCUGAAGCCCAGAUCGGGUUAAACCACAAGGACCUUCGCUGGGUGGGAGCCUGGUGGCUCGGCUUCCUGGUGGCGUCCGGCCUCCUCUUCCUCGCGGCGCUGCCAUACCUCUUCUUCCCCAGCAGCAUGCCCAAAGAGAACGGCGAAGACGACGUGGUCAUGGAGUCCGGACCAGACUGCAAGCAGCCGCACACAAACCCGCUCCAGGAAAUGUCCUUCCUUCAGUUCCUCAAAAGUUUUCCCCGUAUCGCCCUGCGGACCCUGCGGAGCCCCAUCUACCUGCUGGUGGUCCUGGCGCAGGUCAACCUGGCCGCGCUGCUCUCCGGCCUCGCCACCUUCAUGGCAAAGUUCCUGGAGUGGCAGUUCAGCCAGACGGUGUCCAACUCCACCAUGAUGAUCGGAGGAGUUUGCAUCCCGCUGGCCGUGCUCGGCACCGUCCUGGGUGGCGUCCUGAUGCGGCGGAUGAAUCUUUCGGUCAGAGGGGCCAGCAAGUUGUGCACCGUGGCGAUCCUGCUCUGCAUGUUCUCCUCCACGCCGCUGCUGUUCAUGGGAUGCCCCACCCAGAAGAUCAUGGGGGUCUUUCCUCAAAGCAGUGGUGUGAUUUCGUGCAGCUCUGGCUGUCGGUGUCCUCAGGAGGCCUUUAACCCGGUCUGUGGUUCUGACGGUGUGGAGUUCAGGUCUCCCUGCCACGCCGGCUGCAUCGCCAUGGAAACAGACCCUAGCCACAAAGCCACGAACUUCUCCGGGUGCCGGUGCGUGGGCGGUGCCGGCAUGGCCUCUUCUGGGACCUGUGGGGGGGGCUGCUCCAGCCUCCUGGUCCCCUUCGUAGCUCUGCUGGGGGUCACCAGCUUUGUCGCCUCCUUCUCCCAGACGCCCUCCUUCAUGAUGAUCCUCAGGACGGUGCCGUCGGAGGACAAGUCCUUCGCGGUGGGGGUUCAGUACAUGCUGUUCAGAGUGCUCGCCUUCAUGCCCGGUCCGGUGUUGUACGGCAGCGUCAUCGACACCACCUGCAUCCUGUGGGGCAAAAAGUGCGGCAAGAAGACUUCCUGUCAGUACUACGACCUGGACCGCUUCAGACAGAGGUUCCUGGGUCUGCAGGUGGUCUUCGUCUGCGGUGGUCUGCUCUGCUUCCUGCUGACGGUGGUCUUCUUUCGGCGGAGGGCUGGAAGCCGAGAACCACAGCCGGAGGGUAAAGGAGGCUACGAGGUGGUGAGCGCUUCGGCUAAAGGGAAAGAGCUCGAAGACCUGAAGACAAGGAGACAGGAAGACCUGAAGACCUGAAGACAAAGAGGACAAAGACCUGGUAAAGACACCCGGACAUCACCGUCGCACAACGUAUGUCGUUCUCUGGUGUAAAGGACCAGUCAUCUCAUAUCAACAUAUUGUUACAUAUUUUUAGUCAGAAAUGUAAGACUAUUUUUGUAUUUGAAUAAGCUGCAGUUCCUCUAAUGGCCACUAGACUACUGUACGGAUGUCCGUGAGGAGUUUUUUAAACAUUCAUGGUUCUCAGAGGAUGAACCCUACUUACUUCACUGAGCCGCUGAAGUUCCAUUUAGCGCCACCAGCAGGUCAAAAGAGGUCAAAACUCUUUGGUUCAGGACUUUGACUUUGAUGAGCCUUGGCAGGACUCUGUUUACUGAUCGUUAGCUAACGUUAGCAUGCUGACUUAAGCACGAAAGAUUCCCAUGUGGAAUAGACCUUUUUCACUUAUUUACGUAUUUGUUAUCUGAAAUACGCAAUCAUUGUGGUGAUCUUCUUCCUGUCCGGUCGGGCCAACGUUAAACAAAUGGAGCAAGCAAAGAGAAAUAGUUUAUUGCAGCGUACCGGGCUGUUCUUGUUAUUCCCAAAAGCAGCUAAAUCUGUCGUUUCAUUCCUUUUCAAGGGAGGUUUGAGCGGUGCCAAAAACGGCAGCUGUUGACGUGGCGUUCGGCUUUAACUUUAUUGUCGCUUCACACAAGACGUUCACUUGGACAACCAUACAGAACAAAUUGAUAUCACAAUGCUUCAUUAAAGCAGACUAUAAUGCUUUAGUAAUGUAUUCUAUAUCCUCUAUACUCUACAUACAUUAUGUCUAAAUGACACUAAUGAUAUGUCCUUCUAGUUAACAGUUCAACACUCCAUUAUCUCCUGACAGGAAGUCCACUUCCACAUUGAUUACGCAUUUCCGUUUUUUGUGAAAAAGGUCUAUUUACUUCAAAUAUUUGUUUAAUUUCAGGUCAGAUGUUUUGGAGUUUUCACAAAUAGUUUCCCAGCAUUCUUAAUGAUUGUGCUAUCGUAGGAUGUUUCUCAGAAUUUUUAAACCAAGACUUUUACUGUGAAAAUCACAUAUAUUUUAAGCAAAGAAAAUGAAAAUAUAUUUUAAUCAAUUGUUUUUGAGACCUUUUAUAUUCUGCUAAGGUUCUUCCCAUAUGAACACAUGAAGCUUUUUAGUUAUUCUUGUUCUGUUUGUUCUUGUCUUUUGUUUUGUAGAUGCCGCCUUAAUUCCUUUUGUAAAUAUUUGUGUCUUCAUGAAACUUCAUUAUUUUAUCAACAGCCUCCAAACAAAUCUUUUUUACUUUGAGGCUGAUUAUUAAAAUGUGUUUAUUUCCCAAAGAAUAAAGUCUCCACAAAGACGUUCAUUAUUAAAUGUUUGAGUGGGAAAACUAGUUCAAUAAAAUGUGACAUUGUGCUGUAA